UGGAAACUACUAACUUAUUCCUAACCAAUUUCAUUUUUGUUGGGGAAAUGGAAAAGAUAUGAGGACGGUCACAGAUUGGACUUCCAUAGAGAUAGAGAAGGAGAAGAUUGGAGGAAGAAAAGUGACGUGGAAUUUUUUGCUCACGUGGAAUUUAGUUGUAUAACACUAUAGGCCCCAUUUAAGAAAUUAAGAUUACAUAAUACCUUUGUUUGUCAAAAACAACUCAAAACCUUGAAGAUAAUUAUUUAAAAACCUUAAAAAGACAUUAAUUUUACACAAAAAUCAAUGUCGGAAGUCGGAAGGCUUUUGCUUUAUUUUUUCUCUUCGCUGCUGUCAGCAGAAUUAUGACCCACUGGGCAUGUCAGUUGCCUCCUUAACCAAUUUAGAUUUUAUUUUACGAUCUGGUCUAUAAAAGGACACCCUUGCUAGGAAGCAGCCUUCAAUACAUCAAAGAGAACCAUUAACAAAAGAUAAAAAGAUGGAAGAGAAACAGUUUAAAGGGCACGUAGUAGUACUGCCGUACCCAAGCCAAGGCCACAUAAACCCUCUUCUCCAAUUCGCUGAAUGUCUAGCCUCUAAAGGGGUCAAGGCAACUCUAGCCACAACCCACUACACUGUCCAGUCCAUAUCUGUAGCUCGCAUGGGGAUCGAGCCUAUCUCUGAUGGGUUCGAUGAAAGUGGCUUUUCUCAAGCAGCAAAUGUAGACUUUUACCUUAAGUCGUUCAGGGACAAUGGCUCCAGGACUCUGUCUCAACUCAUCCAAAAGUUCAAAGGCUCUAGCACCCCUUUUAAUUGUGUUGUGUAUGACUCGUUCCUGCCGUGGGCUCUUGAUGUGGCAAAGCAGCAUGGGAUUUAUGGAGCUGCAUUCUUUACCAACUCUGCCAGUGUGUGUAGCAUCUUUUCUCAUCUUCGUCGAGGCCUGCUCGCUCUGCCACUGACCCCUGAAAGAACACCCUUAAGAUUACCAGGACUUCCUCCAUUGAACUUCCGAGACUUGCCCACUUUUCUCAGGUUCCCUGAGAGUUAUCCUGCGUACUUGGCCAUGAAAUUGAGUCAAUACUCGAAUUUGAAUGAAGCCGAUUGGAUUUUUUGUAACACCUUUGAAGACUUGGAAGGAAAGGAAGCAAGAGGCGUAUCAGAGUCCUGGCCAGCGAAGUUGAUUGGCCCUAUGAUACCACCUGCUUACUUGGAUGAAAGGAUCAAGGGUAACCGAGGUUAUGGCUCAAAUUUAUGGAAGCCACUCAGCGAAGAGUGCAUGGAAUGGCUAGCAACAAAGACAUCUCAAUCUGUGGUUUAUAUUUCUUUUGGAAGCAUGGUUUCAUUAACAGAGGAACAAGUGGAAGAGAUUGCCUGGGGCUUAAUGGAAAGCAAUUUGCAUUUCCUGUGGGUUGUGAGAGAGUCAGAACGGAAAAAAUUGCCGAAAUUGUUCCUAGACUCAACAAAAGAAAAGGGCAUGGCCGUAACAUGGUGUAACCAACUAGAAACGUUGGCACAUCCAGCCGUAGGUUGCUUUGUGACACACUGUGGGUGGAACUCAACCCUGGAAGGGCUAAGCCUUGGCGUGCCAAUGAUCUGUAUGCCCCAAUGGACCGAUCAAUUUACCGAUGCAAAGUUUGUGGAAGAGAUAUGGGAGGUAGGAGUUAGGGCCAAAGAGGAUGAGAAUGGAGUUGUGAGGAAAGAAGAACUGAUGAAGUGUCUCAAGGAAGUAAUGGAAGGGGAGAAAAGCAAAAAGAUUAAGAAAAACGCUAACAAAUGGAGGGAAUCAUGUAAGAAAGCAAUCAGUGAAGGAGGGAGCUCAUAUGAGUAUAUUAAAGAGUUUGUGGAACAUUUGAUGGUUUCUUAUAAGAGCUUGAAUGGCGAUUGUUAAACAAAAUAAUCAAUAUUGUGCAAGUUGAUUUCCCUGGGGUUGAAGAUCAGUUAUUGACUUUGAUAUUUGAGAGUGCAUGGAUUAUAUGUACCUUGGGAUCCUCUAAUUUGCUUUUUGU